UAGCGACGUGACACGACUGCGUCUGCGUGGCUUUAAAAAUUUCCCCGUUUUUCCUUUCUCAAAAUGCAAAGCUGACAUUUUUUAGUGAUUCUUGAUUCGAUCUUUCAAAUUUCAUGAACUAAUCUGCAAGGGAAGUGAGAAGGGAGGAGUUCUUCUCUUUUUCGGCGUUGAUGGCGUUCCUUCGGCUUCCUCUGAUCCUCCGCCUCCGGCAAACCCUUUCUCCACUCAAUAGGCACAGCAUUGGAUCCGUGUCUUGCUUUUCAUCUGGGAGUGGUUCAAUUGAGAUUAACAUCUCAGAUGAGGAGAGCAGACGCCGUCUACACAACAGAUUGUUGUACAGGAGCAGACAGAGAGGUUUUCUUGAACUGGAUUUGAUUUUGGGGAAAUGGGUGGAGGAGAACAUACGCUCUUUGGAUGAAGCGAAAAUUAGAUCUCUUGUUGACGUGCUAAACCUGGUAAUUAGAUCUCUUGUAUUGUAUUGGACUUUUUAUGAUAUAAUUGAGCUUAUAUUUAUUCUUCUACCAAGCAAGAUAAAGACGUGCCGUGGUGACUGUGGCUGGUUUCCCAUUGUCGGAAUGGCCCUAAUCGCCAUUCCCUGGAUCUAUUGGAUCUUAACCUGCUUGUACCGCACCAUCAUGCCCUUCUACAAGUCACCGUUGACAGAAAACGGCGGCUUCUCCGGUGGAGUCGCAGUAUGGUAUUGUGGGCUCCGAAAAUUCGGCCUCGGUGCAGAACCAGGCCAGCCUUGGGUGAGAGGCUGGGAUGACAAGAGAGGUCUGGAGGGAGGGCCAAAGCAUGGGAAUCAGUAAUCACCUUAUUUGCUGGACUUUAUAGGCUUUUU